UGGAAAUAGUUUUCGUAGGGAGGUGGUUGUUUGACAUUUCCAGGGAAUUCCUCACCGCGCGCACAGCAGCACCGUCCACCUCGAUUUCUCUAGGCUCCCAUUCGAGCCGGCUUCGUCCCCUUCCUCUUCGUCGCUAUCCACCGCCGAAGUCGAGCCCCUACUUGGGCUUCGUCGCCAUCUCCGACUUCCUGUGAGUCGCCAUCCACCGCCGAAGAAGACCAUCUCCGACUUCCUGUGACUCGCCAUCCACCGCCAUCCAUCUUCGACUUGGGCUUCGUCGCCAUCUCCACAAAAGACCAGCUCUGACUUCGUUUUCAUCGCCAUCUCCGCAGAAGACCAUCUUCGAUUUCGAGUUUCACACCACCAGCGCAUCUUCAUCUUCUUCCACGUGAGCGAUCUUGGUCUUCGACCAUCGAUCUGGAGUCUUCGUCCACUGGAAGCGAUCUUGUUCUCUGUUUCAGCGAGUGAUCUUGGUUUCUGUUUCAGCGAGCGAUAUUCGCGUUCGCCAUCUCCGCCGAAGUCGACCUCCGUUCGCCAUCUUCGUCCACGAAAUAGAGAUGGAAAAGCGAACACGCUAAUGUCCUCUCCAUCCUAUCAAAGGUGUUGCGAGUGGUGCAUCAAGUGAUCAGAUCUUGGGAGCUUGAAAGGUCUUCUAUUCUCUCCAUUGUUGAAAGAAACACCAAUAGAUAAGGAUUUCAACAAUGUCCACCUCUGCAAGAGCUUUGGAACCUGCAUUUCAAGGAGCUGGCCAGAGAGUAGGAACUGAAAUUUGGAGAAUUGAGAACUUUCAACCAGUUCCUUUGCCAAAAUCUGAUCAUGGUAAAUUCUACUCAGGUGAUUCAUACAUCAUCUUGCAGACAAGUCCUGGAAAAGGUGGUGCUUAUUUGUAUGACAUUCACUUCUGGCUUGGGAAAGAGACAAGCCAGGAUGAAUCUGGAACGGCGGCUAUUAAAACUGUAGAACUUGAUGCAAUUCUUGGUGGGCGUGCAGUACAACACAGAGAACUCCAAGGUCACGAGUCUGACAAAUUCCUCUCUUACUUCAAGCCAUGUAUUAUACCGUUGGAGGGUGGUUUUGCAUCUGGAUUUAAGAAACCUGAGGAGGAAGAAUUUGAAACACGGUUAUAUGUCUGUAGAGGGAAACGAGUUGUCCAUUUGAAGCAGGUCCCGUUUUCUCGUUCCUCUCUAAAUCAUGAUGAUGUUUUUGUCCUGGACACUAAAGAGAAGAUUUUUCAAUUCAAUGGUGCCAACUCCAAUAUCCAGGAAAGGGCGAAGGCAUUGGAAGUAGUUCAAUAUUUCAAAGAUAAAUAUCACGAAGGAAAAUGUGACGUUGCAAUUGUUGAUGAUGGAAAGCUACAAACUGAGUCAGAUUCAGGUGAAUUCUGGGUCAUAUUUGGUGGGUUUGCUCCAAUUAGCAAAAAGGUAGCUAGUGAAGAUGAUGUUAUUCCAGAGAAGACUCCUCCUAAACUUUACAGCAUAACUGAUGGGCAGCUUAAUUUAGUAGAUGGUGAACUUUCCAAAUCAAUGUUGGAGAAUAAUAAGUGCUACUUACUGGACUGUGGUGCUGAGGUAUUUGUUUGGUCUGGUCGGUUAACACAAGUAGAUGACAGGAAAGCUGCCUGCCAAGCUGCUGAGGAAUUUGUCAGUAGCCAAAAUAUGCCUAAGUCAACACGUAUCACCCGGCUUAUUCAAGGUUACGAGACACAUUCAUUCAAGUCCAACUUUGAUUCAUGGCCAUCAGGGUCAGGACCUUCUGCUGCUGAGGAGGGAAGAGGAAAAGUGGCAGCUCUGCUGAAGCAACAAGGUGGUGGUGUGAAGGGAAUGACUAAAGGUGCUCCUGUAAUUGAGGAAGUCCCACCUUUGCUUGAAGGUGGUGGAAAAAUUGAGGUGUGGUGCAUUAAUGGCAGUGCCAAGACUCCAGUGUCCAAGGAGGAUAUAGGCAAAUUUUAUAGUGGAGAUUGCUACAUCGUUCUUUACACUUACCAUUCUGGUGACAAGAAAGAAGACUACUACUUGUGUUAUUGGAUUGGGAAGGAUAGCAUUGAGGAGGAUCAAAACAUGGCUGCUGAAUUGGCUACUUCAAUGUCUAACUCACUGAAGGGAAGACCUGUGCAGGGUCGCAUAUUUCAAGGCAAAGAGCCACCACAAUUUAUUGCUAUCUUUCAGCCACUGGUAGUUCUUAAGGGUGGUAUAAGCUCUGGGUACAAGAACUAUGUUGCAGAUAAAGGUUUAAAUGAUGAAACUUACACUGUUGAUGGUGUUGGACUCAUCCGGAUAUCUGGGACUUCUGUGCAUAGCAAUAAAACUGUUCAAGUUGAUGCUGUUGCCACAUCAUUGAAUUCUAAUGAAUGUUUCCUUCUGCAAUCUGGAUCUUCUAUGUUCAUUUGGCAUGGAAAUCAAGGUACCUUUGAGCAACAGCAGUUAGCUGCAAAAGUUGCAGAAUUUUUAAAGCCAGGAACAGUUGUGAAACAUGCUAAAGAAGGAACUGAAAGCUCAGCCUUCUGGUUUGCUCUUGGGGGAAAACAGAGUUACACCAGCAAAAAGGUAGCUCAGGAGAUUGCCAGAGAUUCCCAUAUGUUCUCAUUCACAUUCAACAAAGAAGGGAAGUUUGAGGUUGAAGAAGUUUACAACUUCUCUCAAGAUGACCUGUUGACUGAGGAUAUAUUGAUACUUGACACACAUGCUGAAGUGUUUGUUUGGGUCGGUCAAUCUGUAGACCCCAAAGAGAAACAAAGUGCUUUUGAAAUUGGACAGAAAUACAUUGAUUUGGCUGCAUCUCUGGAUGGCUUGUCUCCAUAUGUACCACUAUACAAAGUGACAGAAGGAAAUGAACCAUGCUUCUUCACUACAUAUUUCUCAUGGGACCCUGCCAAGGCUACUGCGCAUGGAAACUCGUUCCAGAAGAAGAUUAUGCUACUUUUUGGUGCAGGCCAUGCUGCGGAGAGCCAGGACAAGUCCAAUGGGUCAAAUAAUGGUGGACCAACUCAAAGAGCCUCAGCCUUGGCUGCCUUGUCUUCUGCAUUUAAUCCAGCUUCUGAAACCAAAAAUGUGAGUACUUCAAGGUCAUCUGGUACAGGUCAAGGAUCACAGAGAGCAGCUGCCGUAGCUGCUUUAUCACAAGUUCUUACUGCUGAGAAGAAGCGGUCACCCGAUGCUUCUCCUGUUCGUUCCACCAGAAGUCCUUCUGCAGAAUUUAGCUCACAAGCUGGAAUAAGAAGUGAAGAUGUGCUUCCAGAAGUUGAGGAAUCUAAGGAAGGUUCUGAAGUUGAGGCUGAGAUUGCUGAGCUUGUAGAGAGCAAUGGGGACGAUUCAGGGUCCAAAGAAGAUGAGGAGCAGGAUGAGAAUGAUAGUGAAACUAGUCGAAGCAUAUUUAGUUAUGAUCAACUGAAGGUUCAUUCUGAGAACCCAGUUACAGGAAUUGAUUUUAAACGAAGAGAGGCUUAUCUAUCUGAGGAGGAAUUCCAGACUAUAUUCGAGAUGCCAAAAGAAGCUUUCUAUAAAUUACCAAAAUGGAAGCAAGACAUGCACAAGAAGAAAGCCGAUCUUUUCUAGAAAUUGAUUUAUGCAAAAAUGGAAUGAUUUCUCUUCUUUUGUUGCUAAUUUUAAUUGCAAUGCCUUGUUUGUGAUGGCAUCCUUUGUGUAGGGCAACUUGGUUAGAUCACUGUGUCUAGCAUUUUUUAGUUGGCCCUCGCCUUUAUUACGAGUCUGUCUUUGUAGUCGGUAUUUAUUUUCUCAAGCAGUGUAUCAAGAGUGAUUUUUUUGUUUUUGUUUUUUUCAUUUUCAUUUUUUGUUUUUGGGUCCCAUCUUUUAGUGACUGCUGCAUUCGGGGUUCAGGAACAGCAGACAAGGCGAAUUCUUUGAUUUUGGUUGGUAUCACAAGUUGUGGGUUUGGAGGCUCCCCAUUUUUGGUUUGUCAUCUGUCAAAGCAAGGGUGUAUAUGCGUUGCACUUAUACUGGAUUCUGAUAUUAAUGAACACGUUUUUUGUUUACCUUUA